AUGUUUAUUGACGAAUAUGUUGAACGGGAAAAAACAUUUCAUGAGAAUCUGAACAAGUUCGAAAGAAUGAAUAUGUUUGGCGUGGAAAAUGUGUCAGAUGUGCCGGAUUAUAAAUUUGUUAGAAUAAAUAAGACGAAAUUGGAUGAUGGACGACUGAAGUUAAAUUUUUUUGCUUGGGGAUCAGAAUACAUAUUAAUGUUAUCCCCAAAUCUUCAUUUAGUAAGUCCUGAUUUGGUGAGUUCUUCUUUUAGAUUGAUUGUUGCGUUAAGCUUUAAAGCUGCAUAUUGCUUUAAGACUUCGGUGAUACGAGAUCAUAAUGGUACUCAUAUAUAUAAUGGUCUUCCACCAGGAAUUAAGAUGGAGCAGUGUAAUUAUAUCGGAGACGUUGUGUCGCAUGUCGGCGCUUCUGCUGCAAUAUCGGAUUGUGGAGAUAUUACUGGCACAAUUAUUACAGAAAAUGAGACAUUGAUAUUAGUCGCUAUUCCAAAGCGAUUUCAAAUUUUCGGAAUCGAAAUUUUAUACAAAAGUAAUCGCAUACAUCAGACAUUAGGAAAGACCGAAAAUGAUAAGGCAAAUGAUAGCGUCAAUCAAGCAAAAGCUAAAGCGAAUGGAUAUCGACGAAGUCGGAGACUUGCAAAGACUCCAUUUCAACACGCUUCACCGCAGAAAAUUCAUUCAUGGCAGAACCCUCAUCAAAUUUUCUUUGAUGUUUUUUCAGGCGCGGUAAUUGGUAAAAAGUCUAAUGCUUAUUCAUGGCCUAAUGCGUAUUUGCAACCGAACAUUUAUUCGCACCCAAAUAUUUAUUCGUACCCAAAUGUUUAUCCACUGCCAAAUUCAUAUUCUCAAUCAAACAUUCAUUUGCCGAGUAACCUUCAAUCGCCUAAUAUUCAUUCCAAUGUUCAACCGCCCAGUGUUCAAGCACCUAAUAUUUAUUCCCUACCCAAUGUUCAACCGCCCAAUAUUCAUUCCGCACCCAGUGUUCAAGCACCUAAUAUUUAUUCCCCACCCAACAUUCAUUCGCCCAGUAUCCAUUCAUCGCCGAUUCAUUUGAAUAAAUUUGGGCAGUUACUAACUAUCGAACUGGCUGUCUUUGUGGAUCUUCAGUUUUUUAGUUUAUUCGAAUAUGUCUUUCAAACAGAUGUUUUCGCGCAUUUAUACAACUAUUCAUUGGCGUAUGUUAACAAUGUUGCAUAUCUCUUUGCAAAUUCGUACUUAAAUGUGCAUUUGGUGAUCACUCAUUUCGAGUUAUGGAGGACGCAACGACACUACAUAAACAGCACAUGGCUUGAACGGGAAAACGCAGAAAUUUUCCAUGAAGCAUUUUCAAAAUAUCAGCAGAAUAUAAAUCCUGGAAGCAAAAUUGCGAAUGCCGAUCAUCAUUACCUGAUACACUGGGAUCAUGCUGUACUUCUAACGGGAUAUGAUCUUCAUAUCGACUGGAUCGGAGGAGUAAAAAAAGAUUUAAUAGUUGAGGAAUUACCAAUGGAUGGCGAUCCCUUGGCCAAAUCAGUGAAAUUAAAGAAAAAAUUCCUCGCAAAAGGCUUGGGUUUGACUCUUGAUGGUAAGGAAAACAUAUGUCGCGAUGUUGGUAUAAUGUCACCUGAAUCUUUAACUAGAAAAAAUACAUGGAGCACAUGUUCAAUUUCUGAAUUUCACCACAUUAUAGAGCGGAUGAACUCUGUAAAGGGGAAUUGUCUAAUGGACCAAGCUUAUUGGUCACUCUAUAAUGAAAAUAGAAUCAUGCCUGGUCAUCGUUUUAGCGCUGACGAACAAUGCAUGUUGUACCAUGGCAAGCAAUACAAAAUGGUACUUCGUCCAGGCAAAAAUAUAAGUGUAUGUAUUGCAUUUAUAAUUUCAGUAUCUUAA